GAAGAAAAAGAAGAGAUGAAAGAGAUGAAGACUGACAUUGCCAAAGAACGAGAAGUGUUGUUGAAGGAAAGGAGAAAUAUGGAAGAAGAGCGGUCUGAGAUGGAAAUGAGAGGAGACCAAGUCAUGGAUGAAAUGAAAUUGCUAGAGAUUCUGAAAGUGAAACUUCAACAACUGAAGGAGGAUAUAAAAGCCAAAAUGGAGAGAUUACUACAAAAUGUUGACAACAGGUCAAGGCUGCAAACAGUGUUGGAAGAAAAACUUCCAACCCAAGACGAACUGAAAGAAAGCAUUCGCUGUUUCACUGAAAUGUUAGAGAGAGAAAAGGAAGGUGUGAGAAGUAUCCUUUCAGAAAUGGUCACCAAGAGAGAAAGCACAGAAAAUGAAUGGAAGCAGCAGUUUGAACUGGACAAACGAGAGCUUGAUAAAGUGAAAGAAGAUCUGAGACACGACAGAGAAGAUCUGGAGAGAGAAAGUGAGGUGUUGAAUAAAGAGAAAAUGGAUUUGAAGGUGUUGAUGUCUGACAUCAAGAAACAAUUUGAAAUAUUGGAAGAAAAGAAACAAAAUAUAAAAGAAGAACGAGACUCAAUGGAAACCAUAAAGCUUGAACUCUCAAUAAGAUGGAACAUGUAAACAGGCUGUUACAUGAGACAAAUGACGAAAAAGCCAAGAUUAAAAAUUGUAUCCUUCAGGUUCAAACGGAAAAAGAAAGACUUGAAGACAUUUUAAGCAAGAUUUUCUUAACACAUAAUGAAGAAAAAGUCAAGGAAGAUGACCUCAGAAGACAAACAAAAGAGUGGAAAUCAUGAAAAAGGAAUUACAGAGUGAAAGAGCAAAAGUGGAGAGUCUGAUGAGGAAUCUGAAGAAGAAGCAAGAAGAGCUGAAGGUGCAAAGAAAAAGUCAAGGAAGAUGGCCUCAGAAGACAAACAAAGAAGUGGAAAUCAUGAAAAAGGAAUUACAGAGUGAAAGAGCAAAAGUGGAGAGUCUGAUGAGGAAUCUGAAGGAGAAGCAAGAAGAGCUUGAACGUGCAAAGGAAAUGAGUGAAGAAAAAGAAGAGAUGAAAGAGAUGAAGACUGACAUUGCCAAAGAACGAGAAGUGUUGUUGAAGGAAAGGAGAAAUAUGGAAGAAGAGCGGUCUGAGAUGGAAAUGAGAGGAGACCAAGUCAUGGAUGAAAUGAAAUUGCUAGAGAUUCUGAAAGUGAAACUUCAACAACUGAAGGAGGAUAUAAAAGCCAAAAUGGAGAGAUUACUACAAAAUGUUGACAACAGGUCAAGGCUGCAAACAGUGUUGGAAGAAAAACUUCCAACCCAAGACGAACUGAAAGAAAGCAUUCGCUGUUUCACUGAAAUGUUAGAGAGAGAAAAGGAAGGUGUGAGAAGUAUCCUUUCAGACAUGGUCACCAAGAGAGAAUGCACAGAAAAUGAAUGGAAGAAGCAGUUUGAACUGGACAAACGAGAACUUGAUAAAGUGAAAGAAGAUCUGAAACAUGACAGAGAAGAUCUGGAGAGAGAAAGUGAGGUGUUGAAUAAAGAGAAAAUGGAUUUGAAGGUGUUGAUGUCUGACAUCAAGAAACAAUUUGAAAUAUUGGAAGAAAAGAAACAAAAUAUAAAAGAAGAACGAGACUCAAUGGAAACCAUAAAGCUUGAACUGCUCAAUAAGAUGGAACAUGUAAACAGGCUGUUACAUGAGACAAAUGACGAAAAAGCCAAGAUUAGAAAUUGUAUCCUUCAGGUUCAAACGGAAAAAGAAAGACUUGAAGACAUUUUAAGCAAGAUUUUCUUAACACAUAAUAAAGAAAAAGUCAAGGAAGAUGACCUCAGAAGACAAACAAAAGAAGUGGAAAUCAUGAAAAAGGAAUUACAGAGUGAAAGAGCAAAAGUGGAGAGUCUGAUGAGGAAUCUGAAGAAGAAGCAAGAAGAGCUUGAACGUGCAAAGGAAAUGAUGAGUGAAGAAAAAGAAGAGAUGAAAGAGAUGAAGACUGACAUUGCCAAAGAACGAGAAGUGUUGUUGAAGGAAAGGAGAAAUAUGGAAGAAGAGCGGUCUGAGAUGGAAAUGAGAGGAGACCAAGUCAUGGAUGAAAUGAAAUUGCUAGAGAUUCUGAAAGUGAAACUUCAACAACUGAAGGAGGAUAUAAAAGCCAAAAUGGAGAGAUUACUACAAAAUGUUGACAACAGGUCAAGGCUGCAAACAGUGUUGGAAGAAAAACUUCCAACCCAAGACGAACUGAAAGAAAGCAUUCGCUGUUUCACUGAAAUGUUAGAGAGAGAAAAGGAAGGUGUGAGAAGUAUCCUUUCAGAAAUGGUCACCAAGAGAGAAUGCACAGAAAAUGAAUGGAAGCAGCAGUUUGAACUGGACAAACGAGAGCUUGAUAAAGUGAAAGAAGAUCUGAGACACGACAGAGAAGAUCUGGAGAGAGAAAGUGAGGUUCUGAAUAAAGAGAAAAUGGAUUUGAAGGUGUUGAUGUCUGACAUCAAGAAACAAUUUGAAAUAUUGGAAGAAAAGAAACAAAAUAUAAAAGAAGAACGAGACUCAAUGGAAACCAUAAAGCUUGAACUGCUCAAUAAGAUGGAACAUGUAAACAGGCUGUUACAUGAGACAAAUGACGAAAAAGCCAAGAUUAGAAAUUGUAUCCUUCAGGUUCAAAUGGAAAAAGAAAGACUUGAAGACAUUUUUAGCAAGAUUUUCUUAACACAUAAUGAAGAAAAAGUCAAGGAAGAUGGCCUCAGAAGACAAACAAAAGAAGUGGAAAUCAUGAAAAAGGAAUUACAGAGUGAAAGAGCAAAAGUGGAGAGUCUGAUGAGGAAUCUGAAGAAGAAGCAAGAAGAGCUCGAACGUGCAAAGGGAAUCAUGAGUGAAGAAAAAGAAGAGAUGAAAGAGAUGAAGACUGACAUUGCCAAAGAACGAGAACUGUUGUUGAAGGAAAGGAGAAAUAUGGAAGAAGAGCGGUCUGAGAUGGAAAUGAGAGGAGACCAAGUCAUGGAUGAAAUGAAAUUGCUAGAGAUUCUGAAAGUGAAACUUCAACAACUGAAGGAGGAUAUAAAAGCCAAAAUGGAGAGAUUACUACAAAAUGUUGACAACAGGUCAAGGCUGCAAACAGUGUUGGAAGAAAAACUUCCAACCCAAGACGAACUGAAAGAAAGCAUUCGCUGUUUCACUGAAAUGUUAGAGAGAGAAAAGGAAGGUGUGAGAAGUAUCCUUUCAGACAUGGUCACCAAGAGAGAAUGCACAGAAAAUGAAUGGAAGAAGCAGUUUGAACUGGACAAACGAGAACUUGAUAAAGUGAAAGAAGAUCUGAGACACGACAGAGAAGAUCUGGAGAGAGAAAGUGAGGUGCUGAAUAAAGAGAAAAUGGAUUUGAAGGUGUUGAUGUCUGACAUCAUGAAACAAUUUGAAAUAUUGGAAGAAAAGAAACAAAAUAUAAAAGAAGAACGAGACUCAAUGGAAAUCAUAAAGCUUGAACUGCUCAAUAAGAUGGAACAUGUAAACAGGCUGUUACAUGAGACAAAUGAAGAAAAAGCCAAGAUUAAAAAUUGUAUUCUUCAGGUUCAAACGGAAAAAGAAAGACUUGAAGACAUUUUAAGCAAGAUUUUCUUAACACAUAAUGAAGAAAAAGUCAAGGAAGAUGACCUCAGAAGACAAACAAAAGAAGUGGAAAUCAUGAAAAAGGAAUUACAGAGUGAAAGAGCAAAAGUGGAGAGUCUGAUGAGGAAUCUGAAGAAGAAGCAAGAAGAGCUUGAACGUGCAAAGGGAAUCAUGAGUGAAGAAAAAGAAGAGAUGAAAGAGAUGAAGACUGACAUUGCCAAAGAACAAGAACUGUUGUUGAAGGAAAGGAGAAAUGUGGAAGAACAGCAGUCUGGGAUGGAAAUGAGGGGAGACCAAGUCAUGGAUGAAAUGAAAUCACUAGAGAUUCUGAAAGUGAAACUAAUUGCGAGGAAAUCCCUGAAAGGUGAACUGUCUGAUGUACAACCCAGAGAGGACAUCCUCAGUAGUGUUACAAUCUCUACAAGAAACCUUAUAGGAAAACUAAAUAGACUGAUUCAUCAAGACUUGCCGACAUAUAUUAAGAGAGUAGAGGGGGAAAAUGAAAAAAUAUUACAAGUGAUCUCCACAUAUGAACAAAAUUGUGUCAGAAUUUAUAAGCAGAAAAUUAAAAUUACUGCAGAUUAUGACAAGAUACAACAACAAAAGAAACAUCUGUUUAAGACAACGUUUGACAAAGCAAUCCAAACUGAGGAUGUUGUAAAACAAUGCUUACAUGAGCAUCAGGAUGAAGAGACCAAUGAACAUGAAUUUAAGCAGAGGAUGAAGGAUGUUGCAGUUAAUCUUGAAGGAAGCAAAAGAUACUUGACACCUGACAAGGAAGGUCUGCUGUUAGUAGGAGAAGGUGAAGAAUUUGGAAAUGUCAAGAAAACAAAUCUUGCAACGUUGUCCAUCUUGUCAGCAGAGGAAGAUGACUUCACACAGAAGGGAAUUUUAAAAACUGAGUUUUUGAAACAAAUCUGGAAGGACACUAGAAUAGAACGAAAUGAAAUAAAUCAGAUGAAGCUCAGAGGUCAAAAAAUGAGAAACAAUAUGGAUAAAAGAGUAAAGGUGAUCAAUCAUUUUGUUAGGAGAUCAAUAUUUCAGAAAGAAAAGACAUCAGUUGAGAAAACAAGAAAAAUGUUGGAACAUGGGCAAAGUAAUACGUUUUUAUCUGUAAGUGGCAGGGAUGGAGAACACAAAUCACUUGAUGAAAAAUAUACCGAGCUCCAACAACUUAAGGUCCGCAUGCUUAGUGAGAUUGAGAAAUUCUACAUACAAAACAAAGCGUCUAAGACACUGACAACUAGCAACAAAGCUAAUCAAACAGUUCAACUAGAUUCUCCAAAUAUCUAUCAAGAGCAAAUAAAGGUAGAAGAAUCUGAAGCAGCACCAGAGAGAUCUCCUGGACUCCUCAGUCAGCUCAGACUUUCCUGUUAUCGCUGUUGCUCCCGUUAUUGUGCCUACUGCAAGCAAGGAUGUCCAAAGAAAAAAUGAGAGGCAAGAAAAGUGCUACAUAAAAAUCAGUCCAUUUACCUUUUGUUUUACUUUUUAGUUAUAUUAAUAUGUGUGUAUUUGGAAAAUGUGUUUUUCCCGUUAAUCAUAUUAACCUAACAACGUAAGAGUACCAGUCUGAUGUCAAUCAUCUAAUUUUUAAACAACUAGUUAUGUAAUGUAAAAGUAUUCCUUUAACAUGUUAUUUUUUUCACAAAUGCAAAAUAUUAAAGUUUAACAGAUAAUCUUAACAUUUCUAAUUACAUUUUUAUGCUGAUUUCUAAUUAAUCUUCUUUCAACAUAUUUAUUCUGUUGUCUUGUGUUAGAAUACAGAAGCACAAAGAAUACAGUAAAAUCAAAACUAACAAGAAUAUUUGAAAACUGUGACUCCAUAUAUAUUCAUAUUUAAAUGAAAGAAAAAUGCAUGUUUAACAUAAAUUUGAUCCCUAAAUAAAUCUUUUUCCAAAACCA